AUAAAAUGCAAUCUGUGUUUAGCCAAUGCUAAAAAAAAAGGAACAAUUCGUGAGGAGCUGAAAACAAUCAUCUCACCGGUAGGAACGCCGCCGCUAUGGACAAGCGUUUCAAAUGGCCGGUUCACCCAAAACCCUACUACAGCGAUCUACCCUACCAUGCGGCUUACCUACCCUACCGCGGCGCUGUAGCCGGGGGUGGGGUGCCUUAUUACAUCCAUAGUCCAUAUGCCAACAAGAAUUUUAGCCGGCUUCAUCAUGGGUAUCAUACGGGGACAUCCAGACCAAAUAAAUAUCAUAAGCCACCACCAAUAGGAGGUCCAUCACAAAAUGCAUACACUGGGCGACGUUCAGGUGGAGCUCCUCCCUCCGGAGGAGCCUCCUCCACUUCCUCAGAUGUGGUCACUCUCAUUGUGGAUAAUAACAAUCUCAAGCGAUUAAUUGUUUUGCAUGUGAAUAUGCUGCAGGAGCAAAGUGAAAAGUUGGACGCAAGGGAUAAGGAAAUCGAAGAGCAUAAUCUAAAAAUCAAUAAGCUCUUUGCCCAAAAUGAUGAAUUGACACGAACGCAAGCUCGUCUCGAGGCGGAGUUGAUGGAGGCCAGAAGCCAGCUGCGCCGCAAGCAACAAAUGGAUGAUCAUCACCAUGAGGACGAUGACGAUGAUGAUGAUGACGAUGAUGAUGAGUUACCGAAGCCGCCAGCGAAGAUAGUACGUCAUGUGGAAACACAAACAGACUUUGAUUUGGAACUGCCAGAGCCAAAACGAUUGAAGGCAAUCAAUGCUCAUCAGGAAAUUGCAGAAGAGAAUCAGCUUUACCUCCAGCAAAGGCAGCAGCAGCUGCACAGGGAGCAGCACAAGUCACAAGCAGAGGAGCGUUUGGUGGCAGAACAGGUCAGACCGGAGCCACAACCAUCGCUAGCCCAGCUUAUGAAACAUACUUAUGAUAAUCACCCACAUCUGCUGCAAUGCGAAGUGCCCAAUGUCCUGGUCACCUCAGUCACAAAUCUGUCUCCGGCCACGCCCAUUGAUACCCGCAGAGAAGUGGGGAGGGGUGAAUUUAAGUUAAGUGGAAAAAAAGUCAGCACCAUGUUUCUUCAUCGUGUAAAUCAGGAUUCCAGUUUGACCACCACCACCAACACCACAAUCAUCAGCUCUAAUCAUAUAGAAAAGUUGGAUCAAAUGCAGGUGAAUCACGUCGAUGAAGAGGUACACAUGAAAGUCCAGGAAAAGGAACAGGAACAUGAGACAAGUAAAGUGGAAAUGUUUAAUGAUGUGGAGACCCAUGAAAUGGAAGUAGUCAGCGAAACAAUUGUAGGAGCCGAAGAAGAAGUGGUCGAAGAGGUGGUAAUUCAUGAAGAGACGAAAAUGGUCGAAGACCACGUUUUGGAAGAUCAAUUGGUAGACAAGGAGCACAAUGUGGAUGAGCAAUUGGUAGUAGAAGAAGAGCAUUUGGUAGAGACCGAACACAUUGAAAAUGAUUUGGCCAAGGAGACAGAGAAAUUGGUAGAAGAGCAAUUGGUUGAAACGAAUCAACACCAUUUGGUGGAAAAGGAGCAAAUCGUGGAUGAACAAAUGGUAGAGAAGGAAGAGCAAGUUGUCGAAGAGCAAUUGGUGGAAGAGGAGCAAAUUGUGGAAGAGGAGCAAAUUGUGGAAGAGGAGCAGGUGGUAGACCAGGAGCAAGUGGUGGACCAUGAGCAAGUGGUAGAGGAGCACGUGGUAGAGGAGCAAGAGGUAGAUGAACAAGUGGUGGAAGAACAAGUGGUGGAAGAACAAGUGGUGGAAGAACAAGUGGUGGAAGAGCAAGUGCUGAAAGAACAAGUGUUGGAAGAACAAGUGCUGGAAGAACAAGUGGUCGAGGAUCAUUUGAUGGAGCAGCAGGUUGCGGAAGAGCACGAAAUACAUACAACCGAUGCCAAUGGCCACAUGGAGUUGGACGAAGAGGAGGAAAUAAAAGUUAACAAUGUGGAUGCGCAUUCUCCUCAUCCAGGAGAUAAGCAUCAGAUCUUUGGAUUAAAUGCAACAGACUCACCCUCAGCUCACUCAACGCCUAAUCAUCAAUUGAAAAAGCAAUUGCAAACAGCUGAUGAAGAGGACCAACAACAGGGACAAUUAGUGCAAGAUGGCCAAGUGGAAAUGGAAGUCUCUACGCUGGAAUACUUUACAGAUGAUGGUACUCAAGAGGAAUUUGAAAUCCAUAGCGAGCAAGUGGUCACCAUUGAUACGCAAACGGAUGAAACGGAUAUAUCAAAUGAUUUUAGAAUAUCUCCAACCAUCACAAACGACACACAGGCGGCACCUAAGUCGAUAUCUGUUCCUGCACCAAGCACACCUCCUCCUGCCUCCCCGAUCUAUAAUCAACCCGCUCCCAAGACGGCAAAGAUUAACUCGUUGGCCGUUGCUCCUAACUCAAAGAAGGUUAAAAAGGCAGCGUUACCAUCGAAAAUCAUGGCCAAUCAUAAGGCGAAAAUUAAGGCGCAUCAUGAAGAUUUGCAGGAGCCCCUAAAGAAAAUCUUAAAACUAAAACUCAGGCAAUGUGUAAUGCCCACCAAAUCGACAACCGCAGUAGCACAGCAGGAUAAGGUUACAAACUUCACCCACUUGAGCAAUGAUAAUCAUGAGAUUAGUAUCGAGGAGCAGACGCGACGUAAGUUGCAGGAGCAUUUGGAAAAGCAGCAGAGGCGUCAAAGUCAAACGCCGAUGGUGUUGUUAAAGAAAAAGUCCAGCGAUGAGGUAUCAAAUACCAGUUUAAUAUUUCCACCCACAGCCACAACCAUUACACCGGCGCCCACGCCAAUAACCACGCCCUCAACGACACCAGACCACACUCCCACGUCCUCGAUAGAAUCUGCACCGGCUGUGGUUGGUUCCCCAUCCCCCUUGGUGGUUGCUGCAGCGGCAGAGACAGCCUUGCCGCCUACGAAGUCAGUUACCACAACUGAGGAGAAAUCCACCCAAUCACAGAUUUCAGCUCCUUUGACGCCGCAGUCGAUGAGCAGUGCGAGCAGUGGCAGUUCCACAAGCACCACAACCAGCAAUCGCAAGACUCCCAAUAAUCUCCAUCAAACCUAUGGUAAAAACAAAACACGUAGCAUCACCAGCGGUGGAUUUUUGACCGUUUCAUAUCCAUAUACAACCCGUUCGUGGGAAGAUCAAGAUAUUCAUUGUGACAACGAAUUCUUUCUGGAAGAGGCCGAUGAACUGCUCGCUGAUAAUCCCAGUCUGGAAAUACCCAAAUGGCACGAUACUCCAGUGCCGGCAUCCUCAGACAACAAAGACAUCGAGUCACUGAGCGAUGCGGAUUUUAUGAAACGUCAUGAGAAAUAUGUAAAGGAUGAGAUUGAACGCAAGCGACGAGAUGAACGCUUCCUGCGCGAACAGAUCCGCAGUCAAGAGCUGCGCAUGCGGCAUAAGCAAGAUGAAGUUCUGCUUCCAUUGGAUCCGCUGCCCAUAUCGACUUUCUAUCCCCUGCCCGAGGAUAUUGAGGGUGUACAGUUUGUUAAUGAGGUUCCAGUUCAAGUGUUUGGCGACAAUAUGCCCACUCUGAAUCCCAAUGACGAGUUCAAUCUGCCUUGGAUAGAGGAGGAGAACGCUGACACGGCGACUGCCAGGGCCAAGGCUCAGGCGAAGCCAGUCUCCACAUUGGCCAGCAAAAAGUUGCCCACCACGGCGGCCGAACAGAAGCAUCAAGAACUGAACUCAUCGUUUGUCUUUAUCAAGCGGCGUAAGCGACGCAAGGCAGGUAAAAGCGGUGUCUUUGGGGGCACCUGAGAGAGAUGACGAUGAGGUGCAGCGGCAGCCGCAGGAGGAUGAGCAGACAGAGCCAGCUGACAUUGCUUUCAUUCAACGCUGACUAUUAUAAUAAUUUGUAUUUGAUCUUCACUAUUUUCAAAAUGUUUUUUUUUCGAUCUUUUUUUUUCUUUACACCUUUAUUUACACCUUGUCCUUGUUUUUUAUGCUAAAACUAGGUAUACAGAAGUGAGCAACUCUUCUGUUUCAUAUUACGUAAUAAUUUACCACUUAUAAGGACCUUUUAUAGCUCUCAUGGAAUUCCGCGCCAUAGGAAUCUAAUUCAGAAUACAUAUUGUUUGUAAAUAAUUUCGAUCACAACAGAUUUUCAUAUUAUUCUCGUGUUUUGCCUAUGUAUUAAUUCUGUACGAGUUGUAAAUUCAAAAGUGUUACCUAUGACAUUCCUAGAGCAUUCCAUUUGAGCUGUAAAAGGGCCAGUAGGAUCAAAAAAGAAAAUAUUUUUAAGCCUAUAGUUCUCCCCUUUUCCCAAAGGACAUUAUACGUUUAUACACCCAUCUCAGCUUUAUAAUUUUUGAAUUAGGCUGUUUUGGUUAAACAAUUUUUUUUUUUUUUUUAGAACCUAAAAAGUAGUUAUUCUUUCUUAAUUAUUGUCUGACGUAUUUAUACUAUGUUAUAUAUAUUAGAUGAAGCUCUUAAGCAGAACUAUUCGGAUUUUUUUUUUGUUGAGAUUGUGAGAACGCGGAGGGUGGGCAAGUCAGUCGAGGGGGGAGUUCAUAACUCAGGUAUAUUCUCUGACAUAUAUGUUAAAUCGGUUCUUUUUCCUUGAUUUUAUCGUUUUCUUUUCGUUUUAUAUAAAUUUUUUUUUGUGUGUUUUGUAUAUGAGAGAGUUUUUAAGGUCUGCUUAGAGUUUAUCACGGAUAGAAGAGCUUCAUUUAUUUUUUUUUAUUUUCUU